GACAGCCGCGGGAGCGAGCCCCUAGGAGCUGGACGGGCCAUACCGCCCCGCUGGUGCCCGGGUCCCGGUGCGCUGGUCCAUGCUGGUCCCUGCCUUUGUUCUCGGGCCGGAGCGGGGACAUGCGCGGCUGAGGAUGGAAGUGGAGGACUCGGGCGGCGUGGUGCUGACCGCCUACCACUCGUACGCUCGCUCCCAGCCGUCCAGCUCCGAGCCACGCUGCGCGCCCAGGGCCACCGCCAGCCACCCGGGCAGCAGAAAAUCUAUUCCUCGCUGCCGAAGAAUUAACAGGAUGCUCUCCAAUGAAUCCCUACAUUCUCCCGCAUUUACCCGCUCCAACUCACAAGCCUCCAUAGACAGCACCUCCAUGGAGGAUUUCCUGCGGGAAAUAGAAAGCAUUAAAGAGAACAGCAUAGGAGGACAGGAAGAGCAGAUACCAGCUGAGGUCAAGCCUGUGGAUGAAGGAGAACUUGAAGCCGAGUGGUUGCAAGAUGUGGGCUUAUCAACCUUGAUUUCGGGUGAUGAAGAAGAGGAUGGCAAAGCCUUGCUCUCUACGCUAACUCGAACCCAAGCAGCUGCCGUGAAAAAGAGAUAUAAUACUUACACUCAAACCAUGAGAAAAAAGAACAAACAAUCUGUUCGGGAUGUCAGAGAUAUCUUUGGAGUCAGCGAAUCUCCUCCAGAUGAUUUUUGUUGUAUACCAGUUCCUCUUUUGGAUGUGACCCUGGAUGAAGAAGGGAUAUCAGCCAUUCCUUGCAGAAAUGGGCAACUGCCAAGUGACCCCUGUGACAGCCAUACUGCUCAGUUGGAUGGCACCCAGGAGGAAAAAGAGCUGCCAGGAGUUAUCAAAACAAAUGGUUCCUUGACAGAUGAUGCUUCUCUCAACAGUACCACCCUGUCAGGUGGGUCCCAAGAUGAAGAAGGGAGUUUCGUAGUUCCCAGGAGUGGCUCUGUGUCUAUACUUGAGACUAUUCCAGCUCUACCAGUUCAUUCCAAUGGAUCUCCAGACCCUGGACAGUCAGUUCAGAAUGCAGUGAGUGAUGACAAUUAUCUGGAAAAAAACAUUGUACCAGAAACUGAAGAGCUGUCCUUUGAAGUAUCUUAUUCAGAAAUGGUUACAGAGAUUCCAAAAAGAAAUAAAUUUAAGAAGUCAGAUUUUAAGAAAGAAGACUACGCUUUAACUAAAUUUAUUGUCCAGAAAACCAGAUUCGGCCUAACUGAAGCAGGAGAUCUGUCUGCCGAAGAUAUGAAAAAAAUCCGCCAUCUCUCCCUGAUUGAAUUGACUGCCUUUUUCGAUGCCUUUGGAAUCCAGCUGAAAAGAAACAAAACUGAGAAAGUAAAAGGACGAGACAAUGGUAUUUUUGGAGUUCCACUUACAGUUCUAUUGGACAAUGACCGAAAGAAAGACCCUGGAGUGAAGGUCCCAUUGGUGUUACAAAAAUUUUUUGAGAAAGUUGAGGAGUCAGGCCUGGAAUCUGAAGGAAUUUUUCGACUUUCAGGAUGUACUGCCAAAGUCAAGCAAUACCGGGAAGAACUGGAUGCCAAGUUUAAUGCUGAUAAAUUUAAAUGGGACAGAAUGUGCCAUAGAGAAGCUGCAGUAAUGUUGAAGGCAUUUUUCAGAGAACUACCCACCUCUCUCUUCCCUGUGGAAUAUAUACCAGCCUUCAUCACUCUCAUGGAAAGAGGGCCUCACAUCAAAGUACAGUUUCAAGCUUUACAUCUCAUGGUCAUGGCACUGCCUGAUGCCAACAGGGACACAGCCCAGGUCCUCAUGACAUUCUUCAAUAAAGUGAUUGCCAACGAAUCAAAAAACCGGAUGAGUAUAUGGAACAUUUCUACUAUAAUGGCACCAAACCUUUUCUUCAGUCGAAGCAAACAUUCUGAUUAUGAAGAAUUACAGUUAGCAAACACUGCAGCCCACAUCAUCCGCCUAAUGCUUAAAUACCAGAAAAUUCUGUGGAAAGUUCCAUCUUUUUUAAUCAUGCAAGUCAGAAGAAUGAACGAAGCUACCAUGUUGUUAAAGAAGCAGCUCCCAAGUGUCAAAAAGCUGCUGAGGAGGAAAACCAUAGAACGAGAGGUUAUAAGCCCCAAGACUUCAAAGGUACUACAAAAAUCACCCUCUUCAAGAAGAAUGUCUGACGUGCCGGAAGGAGUCAUAAGGGUCCAUGCUCCACUUCUCUCUAAGGUGUCCAUGGCCAUUCAACUCACUAGUCACACCAAAGCCAAAGACAUACUGGCAAAAUUUCAAUAUGAGAACAGGGCAGCAUUGCUUGGAUCCAGAUGCUUAUAUAUUGGAUGUAUAUCAUGUAAAUCCUCAAGCAGAGUGGGUGAUAAAACCCCAAUCAAGUUUUUGAAAUACCCCCAAGAUGGCACCUAUCAUGUAUUAUAUGCCAAGAAGAUUCUACAUUUGGUAGGGAAAAUAACAAGACUAUUUUUGACAUGUUUAUUCCAAUAACCCUCGUGGUGUUUCUCAGACCAAGUGGCAUCUCCCAGUGUUGUCAGCAUGAAUUGUUGGAGGAGGAACUGGUUGACUGAGCUGAGGCUUUCUCCUAUGGUUCUUUUCUCCUAUGGAAAGACGAGGUGAUCGUUCCAGAAGAAAGGCCAAUCUAGUAUAUGGAACUCUGAUCUAGUACUUUGACUUCACAACAGAAAUGAAUUUGGUCCUAUGCCUAGAGAUUAAAAAAACAUUUCUCUAUGUAGCAGAUGCUACCAAACACAAGAGGUGGAAGUGGUUUUUUUUUAUACUUAUGUUAUAUACAUAUGUUGACCUUUUUGAACAAGAAUGACAGAAAUAUCAGUAAUUUCUGUUCAGCAAAAUAAUUCAGAUUGGCUUUUCAAAGGGAAUCAGUUUCUGAAUUUUUGCAUAUAAUAUUGACUUGCUCCCAAAUUGGAGGAGGACGAACUUUGGUUGAAAGAACACUGUAUUGUUAUGUAUGUUGUACUGUAUUAUGACUAUCUGCAUUUUGGUGCAAAUGAACAUUUCUCUAUUGUGGACUAUUGAAAAUUGAUGUUUUUCAAGCUUAUUUUCUUAUGAGCACAGGUUCCAUAACAAAGGUUAGUUUGACAGAGGGUGUUCUUAUACUCUCAUAAUCUUCUGUGUGGUUAAUAGUCAUAGAACCUCUAUCUUUUCAUCGUGAUUAUGGUGCUCAAUGAAUAGCUUUCUGUGUGCCAAGCACAGAUUUCCUUUCCUGAUCCAACAUACCAUUUUUUUUUAUUUUACAACUGUAGAUAGUCACUUCUGUAGCCCCAAUUUAAAAAUAUAGCAUUGCCUUUAUCCAACUGCUCUUUAUGCAAGAGUACUGAAAAAUACUGUUAUAUCCAGAUUUUAUAUGCUGUAAAAGCAAAUUUUGUUUCUGUUCAUCAAUCAUAGACAUGGCCAAGCACUAUGGAUUAGCCUCAGGCUUUAAAAUCAUAUGCAUAAAAAAAUAAAAUAAAAUCAUAUGCAUAUUUGGUAAGCCGGAAACUAUCUCACUGUGAAGGUCCUGCAGAGCCAUUUUCCAGACUUGCAAUUGGCAAGAACACACAGUUCUCCACAGUCUAAUGGAGAGCAAAUCUGAAAUGUGCUGAGGGGUCAGACAGCUCUGCCUUUCAUCUUGAGACUGCAGAUACAGUUCUUCUAGGGUUAGCUAGAAAUGGGAACAGAGGUCUCAUUUAUCCCACAUAUGUGCUUUGGAUUAGAAUCCACAGAUUAGGAUUUUGAUGAAUUUAUAUCAAUUUUAAUGAGAUUUAAUGCCCGAAUGACUCUCUUUGGCAGUUCAAACAAUUAAGUUGCUCAAAAUACAGAAAACAUUUUGCCAGUGUUUUGGUAAAUGUUUUUACCAAUGUUUCUAGUUACCAAUUCUCAAAACUUAAUGUGAUAAUAAUUUAAGCCCACAUAUAGAAGAAUUUUUUUUCUUUUCUUUUUCAAAAGCAGGGCUUGAACUCAAGACCCUGAGAUCAAGACCUGAGCCAAAAUCAAGAGUCGAAUGCUUAACCGACUGAACCACCUUGGUGCCCCUAGGAGAAAUCUUUUAUAUGCUGCAUUAUGCCUUGAUAGCUCUAAAAAACAUUAUUUAUUUUCAACAUGUAGAUAAUUAUGUUUCUGGCCAUUAGGAUUUUUAUUAUAUUUUUAUAAAAAAAAAACUCAAAUAUCCAUUCAUUUUAUUUGAGAAUUUUUAUUUCCUAUGCCUGAAAACCCUUUAGAAGAUAAACAUGUACCCUGUAGGUUUUAAAUUUAUUCCUACAUUUCAUCAUUUUUUAAUGUUUGGUUAAUUGAUGGCAUGUGAGUUUACGUAAUCAAUUUCAAGAGUUUGAAAAAAAUGCUUUUAUUGUUUUUGUAAUACGGACAACAAGAGUAAAUAUUUUUUGCAGUUGCUAACUUCCAAGGCAUAAGAUGGCAGUAAUUUAUACUCACACAUGGAAGAAAUUCUUCAAGUUAGAUAUCUAUACUUCUAUGUAUAUAUAAAAACAGGGACUGAUUUUUCUCAUUGUGUUUUCCCCUUAUUUCAGAUAGUUACAUUCUACUGUGUUUUUAUAGGAGAUUUACAAAUCUAAUUUUUUACUUGAGAAUUUUCCCAUCUUCAGACUGAAAACACAUUAAAGCCUAUAUAUAAGAUCUGAAGGUUUUAAGAUUUACUCUACUUGUCAUUAGUUCAAAUAAAUAGCUAACAGAUGACAGAUAAACAACAGUUUUUAAAUUUUUUACCCACUUUUGUGUGGUGUCAGAUGUCGAAGACUCAGCCGAGUCAAUAGCUUUAAAUUAAUUACUUGAAUGUAUUUAAGGAUGUGUGACAACUUUCAGGUAACUAUGUAUUAUGGAAGGCAUGUCAAUACCAAAUAACUUUUAUUCUUAGUCAUAGGAUUAACUAAGUGGUUGAAGGAGAAUUUUCCGUAGACACACAGACUAAUAAGAGUAGAGGUUCUUUUUACUAAUUUUAUUCUUAAAGAAUUAAACAAACCCCUACAAUUACAAUUCAAAAAUGUCUAUCAAAUAAUUAUUGAAACCAUCUUUGUUUUAUCAAAAUUGUUUUAAAAUAGUUACAGUAGUCUGUAAAACUGAGUAAUAUGUUUGCAAACAAAAGAAGAGUCAGAUCCUGGGCUUCUAGAUUCAGUUCUUACUAGCUUCCUCCCCUCUUCCCAAGUGCUCUUGAUAUACGGUUAGGAAAAUAAUAUCCAGGAAAGUAUUAGAGAAUGUUAACAUUUUAGUGACACUUAAUCAGAAAAAGCCCUAGAGCUGGCUCAUUGUUUUCUCCAUUUUGCGAAAGAGGAUUCCUUUGUCAAGCAGCUCACUGAGGGAUAUGAUUCUUGGAGCCAGUGAUCUUCAAAUAAACUGGAAUAUUAAUUUCAUUACAAUGUGUACACGGUAUUAACUACCUCACUUGCCUUUCUUGGGAAAAAAAAUGACUUUAACAGUUUUUGUUACAAACUUUCUCUGAGUCUUAUUAUUUAAGUCACUUCAGUUAGCUUUCAGUGUACAUGUAAUAUACAUUUAAUGAUGUAAAAAAUGUUUAGCACAAGCUUUAAAGCCAAAAAUACUCUGUAACUGUGACGUGUGGUAUACUCUGAGAGAAUUCGUGUCCUUUAGUUAUUGUCUUAUGUGUUUCACCAUGUUGCAAUGCAGGUUUUCAAGUGUGGGAAUUAAUAGUCAUCUCUUCUUUCAGGCAUUUUUCAACUGCUUUCCCCAUAUUGCACUUGGCUGAAAAGUAACAUGAGAUUAAAUUGUCCCUUCUUUCUUUGAAGCAUAUUUCAACUGUUUUUCACAAAUGUUUUACAUGCCUGAAAAGAAUAUAUAUUAUGGGAUUAAAUAUUUCCUAGUUUCUGACAGGCAUUUUCAACUGUUUUCCAUAAAUAUGUCAUUUAAUAAUAAUAUGACAUGGAUUAAAAUGCUUCUUUCAGACAUUUUAAAUAGUUUUACACAUACAGCUUAAUUUAAAAACUACAUCUUUUCUUUCAUUUUCCAACUAUUUUCUAAAACUAUGUGCUCUGAUAGAAAAUUAUUUAAUGUCACAAGAAAUGCCAAUGUUUUAUGUUGUCUUCCAUCUCAAAAGUUAAUAUUCUUUCGUUCCAGCUUUCAUUGUUAAGUAUAAUAUAUAUGUUGCAUUUUAUUCAUAAAAAUAAAGAGAAAAAAACCAAAAGCAUUGUCACAAGAAUUCUUAUAAUUCAGCUAGUCUAAGGGUACCACGGUGCUGGUGAAAGAACAAGAGCUUUAAAAUCAAAAUGUAUGUGUCUGAGCCCACUCUCUGUCACUGACCCACCAGAUGGUGGUCUUGUACAAAAGCUGUAUCAUACAAUAGUGAUGGACAGUUGUGGA